AGUGCUUCAAAGAACUGUACGCUGGGCCAAAUUGAAUUUUAUUCUGCGGUCUUGCUUACAGGUCUGGCGAACAAAGUUAAAGUUAAUAUUUGUCUUGCGAGGGAGGGCGAGAUGAACCUGAAUGUGAAUUUCCGUUGUCCACUCGGUAAUUACUUUCUACAAGGUUUUGCUCGGUUCCACGAGAAGGAGGCUGUUGGAAGCAACUUGGUCUUCAGGGAGAACCAAUUGUGGAGGAGUCAAGUAACCGAGAAGGAAGUGGUGGUCAAGAUAAGGAAGCUACAUGUGAAAGCUACUGGCACUACGAAGGAGAAUAAACUUACACUCCUAUUCUACUGCUAUGUCAGCCUUACUGGUGAUGAGCCCAAUAACGUAGUUUCCACAGAGGCCCUGAUUAAAACUGAUUUUGGUGAGGCAAACGUUAGUAAAAAAUGGACUGCUCAGGAGCACUAUUUGUCUCUGCACCUGUUUAAUGAUGGUGUUUAUAUAGAAAACUCCACGAAAGUUAUAUAUGCCAAUGUGGAUCCAGUGUUUGACUUCAGCCUGCUGCUUACGAAAGCUGCGAAAUAUGUGUAUAAAGUUGCUGCAACUCUAUGA